GCUGCACUGUGCCGCGCUAACAACAGAUCGAGUGCGUUCUUAUCACUCAUUCACUGGCCAAAACCUAUUUUUACGAUUGCGAAAACAACAACAAUAAUAAAUAAUUGAGCGGUUUUUAAAAAUAUUAUAAUAUAAUAUCAUUCUGGUGUAUCCGUACCGAAUAUUGUAAUUAUCCCUGCGAACGGACGGUUUGCCAAAAUCAAAUAUAUAAAUAAAUAAUAAUAAUAAUAACAACGUCGUAUUCUUAUCGUUUCCACGAUCGUAUGCGUAUAUCACCCCUCCCGCCCGACCGACCUCGACGAAACCGUCGACGGUAGUCCGUACGAUAAUAAUAAUUGUCGUCGUCGUCAUUUUCGAAUCACUCUUCGGCGACUUUUGUCCUCGUCGUCCCGCAGAUGUGUUGGCGGUGCCUACGUACGUUUUAUUAGGACGCGACGCCCAGAAGGACGUUUGUCGUCGACUCGUCGUCGUCGUCGAUGUCCGAACGCGGAAGCCGUAUUUUAUCGCUACUCGUAGAUAGCAGACAAAGUUCGUUGUUCAUCGACCAAUUCGACCGAUAGGUACCUAAUAAAGCAUCGACAUUUAGUAGGUAUUAUGACUUGCGGGCCACCGCUCGGCGACCAUAGUUACCGACGGAUAUUCGGCUGGCCGUCGGUAUUCGUCGCCGCACCGGGCACACUAAAUAACAUAUCACACGUCGCAUGAAUAUCGCUUAUUGUUGUUAUUGUCAUUGCUAUAAUAUAUUAUUAUAAUUGCAAGGCGCGUAUUUGGACUUAAACGUUAUCAACUCAACACAUGUAUGGAUUGGAAGCAAAUAAUUCAAAAACAUAGUCGUAAGAUCUUGAAUAGAAUAAGUAUGGACUUGAUGUUAGAAGCUUAUUUGACACACGAAUCAAGUCUCAUGGAUUUAGAAGAUAUACCACAAACAGUUGAUCCUGUAUGGAUACUAGGAAAAAAAUAUAGUACAAUUAUUGAUUUACAACAAAUUCGGAAUGAUAUUCAAUCCAGAUUAUGGUUUACUUAUCGGAAAGGUUUUGUUCAAAUUGGCAAUACAAAUUUCACCUCAGACAGAGGUUGGGGAUGUAUGUUACGAUGCGGACAGAUGGUUAUUGGGCAAGCUCUAAUUUUUUUACAUCUUGGAAGAGAUUGGCGCUGGGACCCAGAUAAGAGGGAUAUAGAUUACUUAAAAAUUCUAAGAAUGUUUGAAGACAAGCGAUCUGCACCCUAUUCAAUUCAUCAAAUAGCUCUUAUGGGCGUAUCUCAUGGUAAGCAAGUUGGCGAGUGGUUUGGUCCAAACACAAUAGCUCAAGUGUUAAAAAAAUUAGCCACUAUGGAUGAAUUGAGCUCUCUUGUUUUUCAUGUAGCAUUAGACAACACACUAGUCAUUAAUGAAGUCAAAAAAUUAUGUACUGUGAUGGAACAAACUAACUCUAGUAAACAAAUUUGGAAACCUUUGGUACUAGUGAUUCCACUACGUUUAGGAAUAAGUGCAAUUAACCCUGCUUAUGUUCAAGGUGUUAAAGUGAGUAAUAGUACAUUUAUUAAACUAGUGAAUUAGACAACACAAAUGUUGCCCAAUGAAGAUAUUUUGUCGCCU